AGAAGUGCUUUGGAAAAUGGCCUCAAGUGCGGAUAUUUUCAAACAGACAAAUUGGGAAAGAAGUGGCAAAAGCGAAUUCUUGAGACAAUGCAAGAAGGCAUUGAAAGAUAGCCAGAGCCCACUGUUUACCAAGGCCGACCGCAAGACCAGCAUCAGCCAUGCCGUCUACGAGCUGCUGUCGCACGGCGUCCGCGGGCAGCUGCGGAAGGACUCCGUGCUGAGCGCCCUCAGCGAGCUGGCGUACCUCCACUCAGACAUGCCAUCGAUUAUCUUGGACGUCAUCGGCGUGGUGGACGCGGAGACGAGCGCCAGCGGCGGGGAUUCGUCGCAGGAGGAGCGUCAGACGUUCUGCACUAUCGUGAAGGCCACUGAGAAGUUCCUGUCGGAGAAGCUGCUCAAGGAGCGCCUGGAGAUCGACACACUGCAGGAAGUGGGCACGGUGAAGAACAGGAACUUCUACACAAAGUUCAUCAAAGUCAAGACCAAGCUUUACUACAAACAGCGCCGCUUCAACCUAUUCCGGGAGGAGAGCGAGGGCUACGCGAAACUGAUCACGGAGCUGAACAAGGAGAUGUCAGACACGGUGACAGUGCAGAGCAUGCUAGAGAUUAUCAAGUCUCUCAUCGGCUGCUUCAAUUCCGACCCAAACCGCGUGCUCGACAUCAUUCUGGAGUCGUUUGAGACGCGUCCGGAUCAGGACAGGCUCUUCAUUCCGCUCCUGCAGGCGUACAUGCCGGACGGGCAGAUCAUCUGCGAGGUGUUGGGCUACAAGUACAGUCACUACGCUGACAUCGGGACGCCGGAGUCGCUGUACAAAGUCACGGCGAUUCUGCUGCAGAACAGUGUGAUAUCACUGGACGAGAUCUACUCUUGGUUGAGUCCCUCGGACAAGACCAUCAUCACGGACUGGGAGACGGAGAUGAGCAAUGCCAAAGAGUUCGUGAGGAAGCUGAACAUCGUGUCGACAAACAAGGAUAAGGAGCCGGAGAGCGAGCCGGAGAAGGACGUGCCUCAGGACAAGUACAGCAACAACCAGAAGUUUGGGCUGUGCGAGGCGCUCCUGGGCGUCGGCGACUGGAUCACGGCGCAGCAGCUGAUCAAGAAACUGCCGGAACAGUGCGUGAUUGUGCACGAACCGAUCGCCAAGGCGCUUUGCAGCCUUGUGCACGCCAUCAUUGAGCCCGUGUACAGUGCAAAGUGCGCCAAGGCGUACAUCAAGAGGAGAGUCAUCCCGCCGCACGCCAGUCGCCUGGCGCCGCCACAAGUCACGACGUUCCCGAAGCUGCGCGUGCACGCCUUUCCCAUGUUCAUCGCCCUCGGGCCGUCGCUUCACUACGACCCGGUGCUGCUGUACAAGCUCGUGCGCCUCAUGAAGGCCAUCCUGGCGGACGCCGGCGUGGAUGCCUCGCAGACGCCAGCGGCCGGGAGCGAAACUGAGCUGCUGUAUCACGACAUUCUCUCCCUGCUGGACGCCGCCGUGCUGCCGGCGCUGUCCUACCUGGACUGCAACUGCUGCGUGGCCGAGGAGAUCUGGACGGUGGUGAAGUUCUUCCCCUACCAGAAUCGCUUCAGCCUGUACGGUCGCUGGAAGAACGAGACGUACUUAUCGCAGCCGAAGCUGAUCCAGAAGCGCGGCGCGGCGCAGAAGCAGAUCAAGGCACUGAUGAAGAGGGUGAGCAAGGAGAAUAUCAAGCCGGUGGGGCGUCUGAUAGGCAAACUGAGUCACUGCUCGCCAGGAUUCCUCUUUGACUAUAUCCUGCUGCAAAUCCAGAUCUACGACAACCUCAUUGGGCCCGUCGUGGACUCGCUCAAGUAUCUGACGUCGCUGUCGUACGACGUGCUGGGCUACUGUCUGGUGGAGGCGCUGGCGCAGGCGGAUCGCGACAGGUUCAAGCACGACGGCACGUCGCUGUCCAUGUGGCUGCAGAGCCUGGCGAGCUUCUGCGGCGCCAUUUACAAAAAGUACAACAUCGAGCUGAGCGGACUGCUGCAGUACGUGGCGAACCAGCUGAAGGCGCACAAGAGCCUGGAUCUGCUGAUCCUGAAGGAGGUGGUGCAGAAGAUGGCGGGCAUUGAGGCGGCCGAGGAGAUGACCAACGACCAGCUCAGCGCCAUGUGCGGCGGCGAACAGCUGCGCGGCGAGGCGGGCUACUUCAGCCAGGUGCGCAACACGAAGAAGUCGUCGCAGCGACUGAAGGAGGCUCUGGCCAGCAAUGAUCUCAGCGUGGCGCUGUGUCUGCUGAUGGCGCAGCAGAAGCACUGCGUGAUCUAUCGCGAGACGGCGCACAGCCACCUGAAGCUGGUGGGGAAGCUGUACGACCAGUGCCAGGACACGCUGGUGCAGUUCGGCACUUUCCUCGGCUCCACGUACACCGUGGAGGAGUACAUGGAGCGUCUGCCGUCGAUCCACAGCAUGCUGCAGGAGUAUCACAUCCACUCCGACGUGGCAUUCUUCCUGGCGCGUCCGAUGUUCUCCCACCAAAUCAAUCAAAAGUACGACCAGCUGAGGAAGGCCGAUCCCAAUGCGAAGAAACUCACGACGUCACAGAAGUUGGGCAAGUACUUGGACGCCACGGCGUCCGUGAUGGUGCCGAUUGUGGAGUCCGUGCGGCCGCUCCACCCGCCCAAGGUGUGGGAGGACGUCAGUCCGCAGUUCCUGGUGACUUUUUGGUCGCUGAGCAUGUACGAUUUGCAAGUGCCGGCCGAGAGUUACCAGAAAGAGAUUGGCAAGCUGAAGCAGCUGUCGAGUCAAGUGAUGGAAUCGAAGGAGAUGAACGCGUCGAAGGGGAAGAAGGAGCAGGAGAGGUACUUGGCGCUAAUUGACAAGCUGCAGGAUGAGCGCAAGAAGCAGCAAGAACAUGUGGACAAGACGAUGCAUCGCCUGUCGCAGGAGAAGGACUCGUGGUUUCUGUCGCGAAGCGUCAAGUCGGCGAAGAAUGAGACCAUAACGCAAUUCCUGCAGCUCUGCCUCUUUCCGCGCUGCACCUUCACGGCUCUGGAUGCCAUCUUCUGCGCCAAAUUCGUCCACACAAUUCACAGUCUGAAAACUGCCAAUUUUUCCACGCUUCUCUGCUAUGACAGAAUCUUCUGUGACAUCACGAACUCGGUGACUUCUUGCACGGAGAAUGAGGCAACGCGCUAUGGGCGAUUUCUCUGCGCCAUGCUGGAGACGGUGAUGCGUUGGCAUGCCGAUCAGGCGGUGUUUAACAAGGAGUGCGCCAACUUUCCCGGCUUUGUCACGAAAUUCCGCGUGAGCAAUCAGUUCAGCGAGGCCAACGAUCACGUUGGAUAUGAGAAUUAUCGGCAUGUGUGUCACAAGUGGCACUACAAGAUCACCAAAGCGAUGGUGUUUUGUCUGGACUCGAAGGAUUACAUGCAGAUUCGCAACUCUCUCAUCAUCCUCAUGAAGAUCCUGCCGCAUUUCCCGGUGCUGACGAAGCUGGCGCAGAUCAUUGAGAAGAAGGUGGAGAAGGUGAAGGACGAGGAGAAGAACCAGCGCCAGGACCUGUACAUCCUGGCGGCCAGCUAUAUUGGCCAGCUGAAGGCGAAGGCCAGCCAGAUGAUCAGGGAGAGCGACUUCCACCAGGUGGCCGAUAAGCCGGUCAAGGAGGCGCCCGCUGAGAAAGUCGUGAACGGAGACUCGAAGGCUGAGAAAAAGGAGGUGAAGGAGCGCGUGGAGAAGAGCAGCAGCAAGACGUCGUCGGCGGCCAAGGCGUCGUCCAACCAGGUGGCGCCGGCGCCUGCGGCUGAGAAGGUGGAGAAGGAGUCCGUGGCGACGCCAGUGCUGGCGAAGAAGGAGGCGCGCGAGUCUAACAGGACGGCGGCGUCGAAGGAGAAGACACCGAAGGAGAUCCGACGGGAGGAGCGGCAGCGCGAGAAGCGCGAGGAGGCCAAGAGCCGCAAGAGGGACAAGGAGAAGCGCCGCGAGCGCAAGGUGCCGUCGCCGUCGUACUAUGACGCGCCCGUGGAGCGCUACUACGCGGGCGAUCACUAUGAGCACGAGCGCGACCGCGAUCGCGAUCUCAGCUCCGUGUCGAACUCGAGCAACGGGUCGACGCACAGGCACAGCCAGGAGCCGGCGGAGCAGGAGGGCGGCGGCAGAGGAGGUAGGCGGGCGGCUGAGUAUUCGGGUGCGUCGCCAGAUGAUGAGUAUUUUCACGUUACAGACUCCAAGAGGCGUAAAAUGGACGUGAGCUCGAGGGUCAGUAUCGUGGAGCACUCGAAACGGUCUUGGCGAUGAUAUUUCACAAAUUGAUGUUUUUGUGAUAAUUUCACGCACACAUUCGCGUGUGCAUCUUUCCUCUCGCUCUUGUCUCUCAACCUCCUUCUCUGCCGGAUCCUCUCGCCAGCGUGAGUGGCGCGAAGGUGGCAAAUUGGGGGAGGGUGGAAAAGGCGGGAAAAGAAGUGUGUAGAUGAACAAAUUGAACAUUGAGAGAAUUAAUAAAAUUUUAAGAGUAGA